UGUUUACAAUGGAAAAUUAGUCGCUGCAAAAUCCAUAGAAAAAAAGUGGAAGCCCACCAAUAUUGCUAAUUUUUAUUUAUUUAUUUAUACAGGGUGAUCAACUAGUUUUAUCUUCAGGCUAUAGCAGUUUGAGUACUGUAAUGGAUCCUAAACUGUUCGAAGCAGCAGUUUCGAGUGACGAAGAACUUCUCGAAGGAUUAUUAGCCACUAAAGAUUCAAGUAUCCUACUGCAGAAAACUUUCAAUGACAACUCUGUUCUUCAUAUUGCAAGACAUGAAAAGGUAGCAGAAAAGAUCCUCAACGUAAAUUCAUCGCUUUUAUAUUGGAAAAACGCCGAUGGAGAUACGCCAUUGCAUACAGCAUCAAAAGUAGGGCGUCCUGAAAUGGUGAAACUUCUGUUGAAUAGUGCCAAAAAUAACAAUAUCAUUGAUGCAAACCCAGAAGAACUGGAAGCAGGUGAAAAGCUCAUAAAAAUGGUAAAUAUGGAAAUGGAUACAGUGCUUCACCAUGCCGCUCGGAAUGGUCACGUUGAAGUUGCAAAGCUACUCAUUGAAGAAUGCUGUGAAUUGACUUGUUGUGUCAAUAGCAAUGGAGAGUCACCACUGUUUCUUGCUGUGGAUGGAAAACAUCUCGACAUUGCAGAAUAUAUAUUAUCAACGUCUCAAUGUUCUUACGGCGGAAGAGACGGUAUGAAUGCUUUGCAUGCCAUGGUGAUUCGAAUGUGUACAGGUCCCCAAUUUGGUGGUGGUCUCUUCAAAAUUGUUCCUCGUUUCUUAUAUUGUCUUCGGCGAUAUCUGUACAACAAAGACAACCGUUAUGAAUUGAAAAUACUAAGAAACACAUAUUCAGGUACACUCGUAGAUGUUGUCUGUAUUCUGUUUUUUUUUUCCCCCCAUAUAUAUAUAUAUAUACGUAUGGUAUAUAUUUGGUCUACUGAUUAUUUUAAACCAAGAUUUAAUCAAAGAGUUGGUGAGCAAAUCUUCAUCAGCAGCAAAAUAUGAAGCAAUAAUAUUAAAGGAUGGGCUCCUCUUCACUAUGCAGCUCGGUUUGAUGCGGUAGACUUAGUUGAGUUGUUUGUGUCAGCUGACAGACUCCUGGCUUACAAAAGGGACAAGGAAGGCAUGUUUGCUUUCCACAUUGCGGCAAAAUAUGAAAGUAUUGGAGCAAUGAGAAAGCUCAUAACAACACAUCCAGACAUAUGCGUACAGUUGAACAACAAGGGUCAGACCGCUCUUCAUGUUGCUGUAGAAAAUGGAAAGAAAUAUGCUGUCAAAUAUCUAUUGACCUUUGCUUCUGAGACUACUCUUUUAAACCUGCAUGAUCAAGAUGGAAACACCCCUUUGCUUUUGGCUGCCGAGUGUGCAGACUUUGCCAUUCUAAAAUUGCUCACAGAUGAUAAUCGAGUGAACACAAGGGCCGCAAACAAGAAAGGUUUGACAACUAUCGACAUUAUUCAUUCUUGUUCGGAGCUAAGUGAAUCUGAAAAGGAGUUUAUCACAUGGAAGCUAGGAAAGAUGGGUGGCCUUUCAAGUUUGAAGCAAGGGGUACUUAGUAGAGAUGGUGGUAUGAAAGAAGGAGAGACACAUGAAACGAAGAGCGAAAAAUAUAGUGAAAAAGACGAAGGCAAUCAGCUGGAGGAAAGUAGUUUAAGGAAAGAAAGUAAAAGAAAGACAUCAAUCAGAAACAUAUCAAGUUCAGCAUCUUGGGAUCAAAGGAUGUCUGAUUCCGAACUUAAAGAAGCAGCCAACAAUAACAUACUGGUUGCUACAAUCAUAGCCACUGUCACCUUCUCAGCGGUUUUACAAAUUCCCGGUGGAUAUGAGAGUGAUGGUCUUCAUAAAGGCUUUCCAAUUCGAAGGAACAGUAUAGAUUUCUUUUACUUUCUCAUGUGGGAUUCUUUGGCACUUAGUUUGUCAUGUGCAUCAAUUUUUGUCCAUUUGUUUGCUUCCUUGGAGCAAUCGCCUCGUCGUUUUCGCCUCCUUUUCAAGCUAGUUGUACUGAUCAAUUUCUCGUCCAUUGUAGCAAUGGGUUUUGCUUUUAAUUCAGCAAUAGAUCUAGUUGCUGCAAAAUCUCUGCCAAUAAAACUAGCAGCCAAUAUAGGUAUCGUGGUCGUCCUAGCAGGCUUUAUCAUCCUUGGGCGACAAAUUAUAACUUCCAGUAUUAUAUACAAACUGGUUUCAGACAUUGUCCAAGCAAAAAAAAGACAGAUGACCCAAUAUUUCUACACAUUGGUUAUAAAGUGCAAUCUAAGUGAUUGAUUGAGUUUGCAUUUUAUGUCACAAAUAUUCUGGCCUGCAUUCUUCUAUUUGGCAUGCUGUUGGAUGUGUACACUGAAAUUUGUAUCUACCAUUUUA